AUGUGUUCCAGUUCAUCUGACCAGGCACUGUGGCCCUCUUCAUGUACACAGUUGCAGCCACAGAGAAACUAUGCCAUGACUUUCACCUUCGCAGUCCUGCUCUGUUUUGGUGAGAUGAGAAGAGUGGGAGGAAACACUGUGAUCCAGAAGGGACUGUUUGCACAGCCCAAGACUUUUCCAGCAGAAAGAGUCUUACCAAAGCCGACCAUCAAGGCUGAGCCAGGCUCUCUGGUCACUAGGGGAAUGCAAGUGAACAUCUCAUGUAUGGGGACUUCAGAUGCACAGAAGCACCUUCUUUUUCUUAAGAAAUUUAAAAAUGUCCAACAUAGACAAUCCUCAACAAUACGUGGGGAGAAAGCUGUAUUCUCCAUAAACUCGAUUGGACAAUAUGAUGGAGGCCAAUAUUACUGUUUCUAUGAGACCCCUUCUGGCUGGUCAGCACAGAGUGACAAACUUGAGCUGGUAGUGACAGGAAUCUUUGAAAAUAAACCCUGCCUAUCAGUCCUGCCCAGACGUGUGGUGACCUCAGGAGAUAAUGUGACCUUCAAGUGUUUCUCACAGGAGGAAUAUGACAGGUUCAUUGUGAUCAAGGAAGGAGAACAGAAGCACUCCAUGAUCAUGGAGUCACAGAAGACAUCUUCUGGCCAGUUCCAGGCCCUGUUCUUUGUGGGCCCUAUGACUUCUAGCUGCAGUGGAACAUUCAAAUGUUAUGGUUACUACAAGGCUAACCCAUAUGUUUGGUCAGAGCCUAGUGACCACUUGGAAAUACAAGUCUCAGGAUCAGCUAUGAACAUCAAACCAUCAAAGGAUGCAUCCAAAGCUAAGACAGCCUCAGACACCCAGGAUUACACAGUGGAAAAUCUCAUCAGGAUGGGGCUGGCUGGCUUGGUCCUCAUAAUUCUUGGGACUCUGCUGUUUGAGGGUUGGCACAACCAGAGUUGGACCUAUCAUGAAGCUGGGAAGUAA